GGUUCCAAGCUUGUUGUGCAUCUCUUCUCCUAAGUCGAUUUCAGCUUUAGUGGUGAAACCAAAAACGUUAUAGCAGUGAAUGGGAGCGAAGCUACAGGUGUACGAGUCUUGAAGGUUGCAGGGGUAGCUAAACAUUAAAACAUGGCAACAUGGUUGGAAAUGGCGGGGGCGUCUAAAUCUAAUAAUGGAGGAGUAGCACAUGUAGAAUGGAAGGUAAAUGUGGGAAAAAGUUCAUCAGAUGAUGGUUUAGUUGCAGAGGAGGCCGGGGUAGGGGUAGCUAAAAGAAUGCAUGGGCAGAUUAUGCAGUGUUUGGUAAAGAUUGGGGUUUUUUUUGACAAGGCUAGGGAAAUUGCAGCAACUGAACCAAAGAAAGUGAUCCACUGUGUGAAAGUAGGGAUUGCUCUUUCUCUGGUCUCACUUUUGUAUUACAUGAGACCACUCUAUGAUGGUGUUGGUGGAAAUGCAAUGUGGGCCGUCAUGACCGUUGUUGUAGCUCUCGAAUACUCUGUUGGUGCAACGAUAGCUAAAUCCUUUAAUCGAGUAGGUGCAACUUUCCUAGCAGGCUCUAUAGGGCUUGGUGUGCAUUGGAUGGCAAAUCAAUGUGGACACCAACUCGAACCACUCGUCCUUCAACUUUCAAUAUUCAUUGUAGCUUCAGUAGCUACUUUCUCUAGAUUUAUACCAUCGGUGAAAGCUCGAUUCGAUUACGGAGCCAUGAUAUUCAUCCUGACAUUCAGCUUUGUGUCCAUGUCUGGUUAUCGAGUGGAUAAACUGUUGGAUCUAGCUAGAAACAGAGUCUCCACCAUUGCCAUUGGAACCUCCCUUUGCAUUUUGACAAGCAUGUUCUUCUAUCCAGUUUGGGCUGGCAAAGACCUUCACGACCUGAUUUAUCAAAACCUAGAAAAGCUUGCAGAUUCCUUGGAUGGGUGUGUAACAGACUACUUCAACGGGGAAAGUUUUGAUAGAAAACUGGAGGGUUACAAAUGUGUGCUUAAUUCAAAGGCAACAGAAGUGGCUAAGGCCAACUUUGCUAGAUGGGAGCCUGCUCAUGGACCUUUCAAGUAUGGACAUCCAUGGAAACAAUACCUCAAAAUUGGUGCCUCCAUGCGCACUUGUGCUUACUGCAUCGAGACUCUCAGAGGUUAUAUCAGUUCUGAGGUUUCAGGGAUGCAGGUACCAGAGUUGCUAAAGGAUCAUAUGAAGGAAAUAUGCAUGACACUAAGCUCAUCCUCUUCAAAAGUGUUAAGAGAAUUAGCUAUAACAAUGGAGAGCAUGAGAAAGUCAACUAAAACGGAUAUUUUGGUACAUGAGAUGAACUUUGCAGUUGAAACUUUCCAGAAUGUGUUGAAAGAUUUAUCCAACCAAGCAGUAGUCUUGGUGCCUACUACUACUACUACUACUACUACUACUGUAUCAAAUGAAGAAAAUUCAAGAAAUUGCAAACCUGAACCUGAAUUAGUACCAAUAAUGAAGAUUUUUCCAAUGGCUACAAUGGCAUCAUUGUUAAUAGAGAUUGCAGAGCGGGUGGAAGGAAUUGUUGUUCAAGUAGAGGAGAUGGCAGCACAAGCUCAAUUUGACAACUUUGUUGUUAUCAACAACACGAAGAAAAAUAAAGGAACCAAACCUUCAAAUCAUCAUCAUCAUCAUGUAGAUGUAAUCAUCACAAGCUUUCAGUACCGUUUGGCUCUCUAGCCAAAACUUUGUAAGGACGUUUCUAAUAAAUAAAACUUAUCUAUUCUACAGAGAUUUUUGAACGACUGAUCUGAAUCAUAUUUCACAUUUUGACUAGACUCUAGAGAUGAUGAUAACUGAUAUUUGAUAAUGAUACUUGUUCGCAUCAACAAACAAACAAACAAACAAACAAACAAA